AUGCAACAGCUGAUUCACAAGUACUUCGUUACUCAUUUGGAGUUGGAUGAUGAGAGUGCUGAACUGCUUCAUCAGAGAUAUUAUAAAGAAUUUGGACUUGCCAUCGAGGGUUUAGUGCGUUUUAACAAGAUUGAUGCCAUGGCAUAUAACGCCGAGGUCGAUGAUGCUCUUCCUUUAGAUGGAAUCAUGAAGCCUGAUCCAGAUCUCCGAAAGAUGCUGCUAAGCAUUGACAGAACAAAGGUCAAGAAACUAUGGCUGUUAACGAACGCUUAUAUUAACCACGCCCGUCGUGUAGUGAGGCUGCUAGGAGUCGACGAUUUAUUUGAUGGAAUUACAUAUUGCGACUACGCGCAGGUGCCCUUGAUCUGUAAACCAAAACGCGAGAUGUUUCAUAAAGCCAUGGAACAAGCCGGUGUUGACGAUGUUAACAAAUGCUACUUCGUGGACGACAGCUAUAUCAACAUUGUGGGAGCACGAAAGUUCGGUUUCAAAAAGCCCAUACAAUAUGUGGAUGCUGACGACCCACUGCCCGAAAAGCCUGCCAGCGACUACACUGUCAGGUCUCUGCUUGAGCUGCCACAGCUCGUGCCUGAAGUGUUCAAGAUAGAAGAGAACUAG